CCAGCGGCCCCCGCCAUGGCGGCACAGCCCCCGCUCGGGCCGCGGAAGCGGAGCGGCCCGGCGCCGUGCGCGGCGGGCUGGGCCGGGACCGGGACCGGGACCGGGACCGGGACCGCGACCGCCCCCCGGGCCGCGGCGGGCCGCAGCGGCGGCGCUCCGGAGAACGGCUUCCCGCCCCACAAGCGCCCCAAGAGCUCGGGGGCGGCCGGGCCCGAGGAGGGGCCGGCAGACCCUUUCGGGGACAACGACGACUUCACGGCGGACGACCUGGAGGAGAUCGACAUCCUGGCUUCGCAGGCGCUGUCGCAGGAGGCAGCCGCCGCCGCCGCCCUCCCGAGACACGCGUGGGCCGCCUUCGGAGCGAGCGGCGCCGAGCGGCGGGCGGCCGCGGGGCAGCCCCGGGGCAUCGCCCCCGCCGCGGGGAGGAGGCCGAAAGCAGGAAGCAGUACAGAAGAUAGUCUGAUAAGAGAUGCAUUCCAGUUUGAAGUACUGCAAACACAGCAUGAAGAAAUUAAACAGAAGCUGAAAGAAAUGCAGGAUGAAAUUCUUAGUAAAAAUGGAGAAAUUAAAAUUUUGCGUGACUCAAUGCAGCAGAUGGAGUAUGCUAUGGAGGAACAGAAAAGAUCAUACAUGCUAUUGGAACAGCAAAAAACUCAGACCUUAAGUGAAAAAGAAAAAGAGUUCUCCAAAAAGUUACUGUCAUUACAGUCAGAGUUGCAGUUCAAAGAUGCAGAAAUGAAUGAAUUAAGGACACGACUUCAGAACUGUGAAAGAAAUAAACAUGUUACUCAGACGGUUUUAAUGCCAAGCCCUAAAAAGAAUCUUGCAAUACAAGUGAAAUCAGAAGGAUGUUCUCCGCAGCCUGGAAAAAGAUCUUUUCCUACAAAGGAAUCCUUCAGUGCUGAGAUGUCCACUAGAUCAUCGUGUUCUUCAGGAAAUUUGAUUGCCCCAGCUACUUUGAUCAAAGAAGACAGUAAGAUAACCCAUCCUGAAGUUUUAUCCAUGAAGCAUGAAGCAAUGGGAAAAAACAGUUCCUACAGCUCUGUACCUAAACGAAACGCACGAGGUUCUAUCUUACUAAAUGCACUGAUGAAGCAGCCCAUUGUGCCUGGGUCAUUACUAGGACUCUGCCAUCUUCUUAGCAGUAACUCUGAGCCUCCACCUGGAGCUGUAUUGCAGCCUAACUAUUUGGAUACGAAGUCCACACAACUACCCAGCAGCAGGACAACUCAAGAAGAAACCGCACCUCUUGUAUCCCUGCGAGAAGCUCAAGAACUUGCAAUAACAGGACUGAACUUGAUUGCUAUGGACGAAGGAUUAUCUGAAGGAAGCCCAACAGAAAGCCGGACAGAGUUCUCACACCUCACACGCUGCAAGAUCCGAGGCGCUGUGCAUCUCUUGCCCUUGGUAGAACACCAUAUUGGUGCAUACUGUCAAGCAGUACAAUUGGCAGUCAAGUCAGUCAAUGGUUCUUGUGGAAACCAUUCAGCUGUUUCUUCCAGAACCAACACAAAUAUGGGGUCAAGUAAGGAGGACUUCAGGUUGUCUCUUGAGGAAACUACAGUUAUAUCACUGGGUAUUCUUUAUUAUUUGGCGUUUUAUAGCUGGGAUGUUGUCCACACAUUGCUAUCUACUGAAGUGGAAAAAAGUUCUGCUGCUGGAGAUGAACAGGUUUCCAAGAUGGACAAAAAUGUGCUGUGUGAUAAUCAGUGUGAUAAUAAAGAAGAUACCAGGACACAAGGAGGGCUGCCUGUAGCUCCACAGGAUGCUCCCAAUAACAAUCGAGCUCAACAUUCUUUGUUUAAAAAGCUGCUUCAGGUUUUAGGUUUUUCUGCUGCAAGAGGCUCCCAAACUGAUAGUAUACUGAACCAAAGCCUAAAAGUUUUGGUGAAAUUAGCUGAAAAUUCAACAAUGGACUUACUAAUAAAUUUUCAGCACUUACUGAGUAGCCAGAUACUGUUCCGUUGUCUGUGUCCAGAGACUCCUUUGCCUGCUGUCCUUUUGACCGUGAGACUGUUGUGUAUUCUUGCUCAGCACCACGUGUUAGUUGCUCAACUUUGUUCUCAUUCAGACACCUGCCUUCUUCUUGCACUGUACAUGUAUAUUACAUCAAGACCAGAUAAAUCAGCAUCUGAAAUGCUUUGGCUUCAGCUGGAACAAGAGACAGUUAGACUCCUGACAAGGUGUAUGCGGUGUUCCAAUCCAGCGGUUUUAUUACCUGGUACAGACUGCCAAUGUAAUCUUGAGGUGGUUAAGGCACUAAUUAUAAUGUUACAUAGACAGUGGAUGAAGAUUAGAAGAUCUGAGAACAGUUUGUCUGCAUAUAAGGAACAAAUUAUUCAGUUUUUACGGGAUGCUGUUUUACUCUUACACAGCCUCUCUCAGAAAGAUAAACUGUUUCAUGAACACUGUUUGGAAGUUCUCCAUCAAUAUGACCAAGCCAUGCCGGGCGUAAGAGCCAUUCUCAAAAAGACUCAAAAACUGAGUGCCUGUGAAGAGCUGAUUUUGGAUGAAUUGUAUCCUCCUGAGCCAGAAGCAGAAGACCAAGGAAUGGAUUCCAGCUAGCUAACAUCUAGAAUAGAUCUCUGUCCUUCCUCAUCUAAAUCAUAAUAAUCAUUGCCAGUGUAAAUCUGAAAUUUAAAUUGUCUAUUUUAAGUGAUUAUAUAAAGGUUGCACUCAAAUGCAGCACAACUAAGA